AGAGAGAGACAGACAGAGUGGAAGAGGGAGACAGGCUGACGGACUGGACUGGACUUCUCUGAAUGGACUUUACUUCUGACUGUCAAACAGAAAAGGCAAAGACAAACCGAGGCAGAUUUCACCCCCUCUCCUCUCCUCUCUCUCUCUCCGUCACAAUGUGCGUGGGCUGACAGGACUGCAGAGCGUUUCUUGGAAAUCGUUCUUCUGUAAACAAAGCCCCCUGACACACUUUCACACAGAUCCAGAUCAGAAAUCCCCCUUUGACACACUGUCUCACGGGCACAGCAAACAGAGCUGAGAUGGGUCCCAAAUCAGCUCUCCUGCUUCUGGUACUCCAUUUGAUUCUCCAAAGAAGUGCCCUGACACACAUGUGUAAAAUAGGCUAUGCAAAGGAGGGGAAAGAUUGUGUUGAUGUGGAUGAGUGUGAACAGGAGCUGUGUGGAGAGCACGCUGUGUGUAAAAACACUCUGGGCAGCUACUACUGCGUGUGUGAACGAGGCUUCUCCUCCAGAGUGGAUAACUUCACUGCCACUACGGGCCAGUGUGUGGACAUAAAUGAAUGCGGGGGUGGAAACAGUCCGUGUCCUGACAGUCACAUGAUCUGUGUGAAUACUAUGGGCUCGUACAGGUGCGAGUGCCCGACCGGCUUCACGGCUGGCCGGGGAGACGGUAACUGUGUAGAUGAGGAUGAGUGUGUGAACGCUUCCACUCACUGUGGAUCUCACGGCAAUUGCACAAACACGCCUGGCAGUUACAAAUGCACCUGUCCCUCAGGGUUCGGUAACCGUGACAACAGCAACGGCCCGUGCGAAGACAUAAAUGAGUGUAACCGUGAUCCACACAUUUGUGGACAGGGGGGGUCUUGCCAAAACUCUGUAGGGGGCUAUUCCUGCACAUGUGACCGUGGCUACAGUAACUUUGGAAACAAGCAGACCAGAUGCACCAAGCUCACCUGUGAUCAGUUUAACCCUGACUCUGACCAAACGCUUACACAGUCAAUGCCUGGUUUGCAGAAGCUCAAAGCUCUGAUGAAAAAGAACUGUUUGAGUCUCAGUACACCAGGAGAAGAACAUCUGACAGGACAGGCCCUGAUGGAGAAUGUCUUCACUGCUACAGAUGAGAUGCUGUCUGGCGGUAUCCUUGGCAACGGGAGGAGGGUGAGCAUGUUACUGGGCACGGUGGAGAGUGCCAUGAGACUUAUUGGCCCUCAGCUCAAUGACCCUAUCAGCAAGAUGGAGACAGACCACACCGAGGCAGAGCUUGCAGUUAGAAAGGCCAGGACUCCGCCCACUGGGCGUGUCAUUCUCAGCACAGAAAAUGCCGAACUGCAGGCAAACUGGGAAAUCGCCUCUGGAAACCAGUCAUAUCCAGGGUUUGCAAUGGCAGCCUUGAUUAUGUAUAAGGACCUGGAGUCUUCCGCCAACUCCUCCUUUGACAAGCUGAACAAGGGAUCAGAGGAGGAGGAGGAGACAAACAUCAGCUACCAGAUCAACUCUAAAGUGGUCACAGCAUGUGUGAGCAACCCAGACACCAAAAACCUGCCUGAGCCUGUAACACUCACCUUCAAACAUUUAGAGGAUAGGGUGGAGUCUGCGGAGAUGAACUACACCUGCGUGUACUGGGACGAGAGCACACCUGAGGGCUCAUGGUCGACGCAGGGCUGUUUUCGGGCGUCGUCCAACGCCACGUACACCGUGUGUCGCUGUAACCACCUGAGCAGCUUUGCCGUGCUGAUGGCCCUCUACCCCGUACCCGACUCGUUUGAGCUGCGGAUGAUCACGUGGGUGGGGCUGUCACUGUCCCUGGGCUGUCUGUUCCUGUGUAUCAUGACCUUCAGCUUCUGUCGCCCCAUCCAAGGCACACGCAACACCAUCCACCUCCACCUGUGUGUCUGCCUCUUCAUCGCCGACCUCGUCUUCCUCUGUGGCAUCACCAGCACUCACAACCCGGGAGGCUGUGCAGUGGUGGCAGGGCUGUUGCAUUUUUUCUUCCUGGCGGCGUUCUGCUGGAUGCUGUUGGAGGGGGUGCAGCUGUACCGUAUGCUGGUCCUUGUCUUUAACACCACACUCAAACCCCUCUACAUGGUCGCCGUCGGAUACGGAACACCCCUCAUCAUUGUCAUCAUAUCCGCCUUAGCCUAUCCACAGGGAUACGGAUCCAAGCGCAACUGCUGGCUGUCUCUGGAGCGUGGUUUUAUCUGGAGUUUCUUUGGACCCGUCUGCAUGAUUGUCAUCAUCAACAGCGUCUUCUUCCUCAUGACCGUGUGGAAACUGGCCGCCAAAUUCAGCAGCCUAAACCCCGACAUGUCCAAACUGCACAAGAUCAGGGGUUUCACAGUGACAGCCAUUGCUCAGUUGUGUGUGCUGGGUGGUAUGUGGGUCUUUGGAUGUUUCUUGUUCCAGGAGGAGGGGACAGUUGUGAUGCUAUACCUCUUCACACUGCUCAACAGCCUGCAGGGGGCGCUCAUAUUCAUUAUGCACUGCCUGCUCUCCAAAACGGUAAGAGAGGAAUACAGCAAGUUGCUGGGUAACAUCUGCACAGCACAGAAGAAGAGAUACUCCGAAUUCAGCACCAACCAAACCAGCAACAGCCAGCAACCUCUGAGGAGUGCUCCAAGCACAGGGGAGUCACAAAUUUGACAGCAUGCUAAAAUACCCACAAUGCUUCGGUGGGACUUUUCACAUCGACCCAGCACUCCACCAGAGGACUCUUCGAAGCACAUCUCCUGGCCUCCUGGAUUCUACUCUCCAAUGAGAAAAGUCUUUAUAUCCUUUUGGCUUCCACGGUAGAAGCUUCAAGACUAUCCUUCCUCGCUCUUAUUAAGUGAAAAUUCUUCCUGUUUUGUUUUGUUUUGUUUGUUUUUUUGUUUGUUUGU